AUGGUGAUGAUCAGUGAUUUGUCUGAUGACUUGCUGAUCAAGGUAUUAUCGUUUCUUACUACAAAAGUUGCAGUCUCCACAAGCAUCUUGUCGAAACAAUGGCGGUUUCUUUGGAGGUGGUUGCCUAAACUUGAGUACAAUGAGUAUGAUGAUUUGACUGGUGGUCCAAUGUGUUCAUGGUGGGGGUCCAUGAGGUAUGAGGAAUGUUUCGACAAGAAUCUGCCAUUGCAUAGAGCUCCGGUCAUAGAAAGCUUGCGCCUCAGAUUUUAUUAUGAUAGAUUUGGUCAGCCUGAGACAAUCAAGCGAUGGGUUGGGAUUGCGGUUUCUCGCUUUGUGCGUGAGCUAAGUAUUGUCUAUCUUGAUGGCAAAACACAUAAUUUUAUAUCAUUGCCGAGUAGUUUGUAUAGCUGCAGUUCGCUCAUGACUUUGAAACUUGAAUGGAAGAGCAUUCUUGUGGAUGUUCCUCGGAUUGUUUGUCUCCCUUCCUUGAAGACCUUGCAACUUCGAUUUGUGACAUACUUAGAUGAUUCUCUUGGGCUGCUUCUAUCGCAAUGCCCUGUUCUGGAAGAUUUGUGUAUUGCUGUAUAUAGAAGCGACAGUAACAACGAGAGAGCGAUAGUUGUUAACGUCCCGUCUUUGCAGAGGUUAUCCUUGGAGAUUGAUAGCGACUGUUCUUCUGAUGGGUAUGUGAUAGUGACCCCUUGUUUGAAGUAUUUAAAGAUUGAGGACUACAGAGAUUAUCCCUCAUAUUUGAUUGAGCCUAUGCCAAAGCUGGAAGAGGCUGAUAUUGAUGUUGUGCAAGAUAUCGACAAGAUUCUCGAGUCGAUCACAUCUGUCAGACGUCUUUCACUACGGCCAUGGUUCAACAGUGCAGAAGAGUAUGAGUAUCGUGCUGGUAUUGUCUUCACCCGGCUUGAACAUUUGGAGCUAGGUAUACACAGCAACGAUUGGUCCAAGUUGCUUAUCUGGUUGCUCGGAAGUUCUCCUAAACUUCAAGGUCUCUACCUCUACGUCGAGUGGUGGAGUCUAGAUUCUGACCCGCUUGACUGGAAGAAUAAACAGAGCUCUAUUCCUGAACUUGUUUUGACGAGUCUCGAGACUUUUGAGUUAAAAGGCAUGGGGACUCAAGAAGAGAGAGAUUUCUUGACAAUCUUGUUCAAACACGCUUCUUGCUUGAAGUCUACAUCAAUCACUGGUCAUGAUGCUACACAAUUUGGUGUUUAA